AUGGAGCCAGAUAUUGAAAAUGAACCUCAGAUACAAGUAAAAUUUGUCACUCAGCAGCGAAAAUAUGCUGUUGCUGACUCAGCUAUCCUUGUUCCAGCGAAAUUACGUCGUUAUGGUCUAUCAGAAAUUAUUAACCACUUGUUAGGCUAUGAAAAACCGAUUCCUUUUGAUUUUCUCGUUGAUGGGGAAUUUCUACGAACGAGUUUAUCAGAGUAUUUACAAAAUGCUCGAUUAUCCACAGAAAAUAUAAUCACCCUCGAAUAUGUGGAGUCUAUGCUUCCUCCUACUUCUUUAUCUGCUUAUCAACAUGAUGAUUGGGUAAGCUCGGUGAAAGGCCAUGAUCAAGGAUAUUUUUUGACUGGUUCAUAUGAUAAUAAUGUGCGUAUAUGGAACGCUUCUGGCGAGUGCUUACAGACUUUUGUUGGGCAUAAUGCACCGAUUAAAAGCGUCGCGUGGGUUUCAAUACAAGAUGAAGAUAUCAUAUGUUUAAGUGCAUCUCAAGAUCGCACUAUUCGUGCAUGGCAUUCUUCGAUUGCCGAUAAACAAUGUGAUGUCUUGUAUGAAUAUCGAGGUCACAAAGGCAGUAUCGAGAGUAUAUCCAUAAGUAAACAAGAAGAACUGUUUUCAAGUGGUUCUUGGGAUUCGUCAAUUCGAAUCUGGACAACGACUACUACACCGGAUGAUGAGGAUGGAUCAGAUUAUGAAUUUAUCGAGAAUGAGAAAAAAAGAAGAAAGAUUAGCAAAAAGAAAACCAAUUCUAUCAUCGCUAAAAAAUCAAUUGGUAUAUUGAUGGGACAUGUUGGUCCAGUGUCUUCGGUAUUUUUCGAUACUAAAGAUUCCGCGAAACUCUAUAGCGGUGGUUGGGACUAUUCAAUACGUACGUGGGAUAUUGAAUCGAGAACCAAUGUUGAUACUAAGAAUUGUGACCAAGUAGUUUAUGACAUUGCAUACUCGGAAAAAUCUGGACUCAUUGCAUCUGGACAUGCGGAUCGAGCUGUUCGAUUAUGGGAUCCUCGUGCAGAAGAUGUUGCCGUCGUGAAAUUAUCUUUAGUGUCACAUCAGAAUUGGGUAUCGGCUGUAUCGUGGUCCAAAAAUUCUCCAUUCAUGCUGGCAAGUGCUUCCUAUGAUUCAUGUGUAAAGAUGUGGGAUAUUCGAAGUAAAUCACCUUUAUAUAAUUUACGAGUGAGUGAUGAUACGAAUGAAUCACGCAAAAAGUUACUUUGUAUCGAUUGGUCAAAAGAUCUGAUUUUAUCAGGCGGCGAGGAUAACCGAUUACAUAUUCAUAGUGCGAAAAAAUUCGAGAAUCCCUAUACGAAGGAAAGUCCUUAA